CCCCGCGAGUCAGAAGGAGGGGCCUCGCGCAGUGGUCGCCAGUCCGGGCUUCGCGGCGGCUGGAGCAGAAGCAGGAGGAGGAGGAGGGGCCGAGGCCUUGCAAGCUUGGCGAGUGGCUGUCUCCCCGGCGGUGCAGAAGAGAAGCUCCCGAGGCCGGAGAUCAGGGCAAGGCAGAGGCUUGGAGAGAGGUGAGGAGGGUCUCCCUUUCUCCCCCCCGUCGCCCGCCAUGGCCAUGAGGGAGCUGGUGGAGCCCGAGUGCGGGGGCUCCAACCCCCUGAUGAAGCUGGCCAGCCACUUCACCCAGGACAAGGGCCUGCAGCAGGAAGGACUACGGGGCACCCUGCCAUGGCCUUCUGGGCCACCCACAGCCGAGGUGAUAUCUAAACCUCUUGGAAGAGCCUCAGAAGACGAACUGGUGGCAGAGUUCCUUCAAGAGCAAAAUGGCCCCCUGCUGUCUCGUGCACCACAAACAUUCAAGAUGGAUGAUCUGUUGGCUGAGAUGCAAGAAAUCGAGCAAUCCAGUUUCCGGCAAGCCCCACAGAGAGCUCCAGGGGUUGCAGCCCUGGCUCUGUCUGAAAACUGGUCACAAGAGUUCCUUAAUGCUGCCGACAGUGUGGUUGAUGUUUCUACGGAUUAUAACGAAGCUGACUGGUCCCAGGAGUUCAUUGCUGAAGUUGCAGAUCCUUUGUCUGUAUCUCCUGCUAAGUGGGCAGAAGAAUACUUGGAGCAGUCAGAGGAGAAGUUGUGGCUGGGUGAAUCAGACGAUCAAACACAAGCUGAUAAAUGGUAUGAGGAAUACCAGCCUGAGGAUGAUCUCAAGAAAACUGCCAAUGAUUUUCUCUCCAAAGUGGAUGAUCCCAAACUAAAUGAUUCUGAGUUCCUAAAGUUUGUCCGCCAGAUUGGAGAUGGGAGGGUGUCCAUCGAGGAAAAUCGGGUGACCAUAACCCCCAGAGGCCAGGAUCAGGCAGAGCAAUGGGCAGCUGAGUUUAUACAGCAGCAGAAUACAUCAGAAGCCUGGGUGGAUCAACUCACGCACUCUGCGGACGCGUUGAACUUGGAUCCUGAAUUUGAGCAAGCGAAAACAGCUGUGGAGUCUGAUGUGGAUUUCUGGGAUAAGCUACAGGCUGAGUGGGAGGAGAUGGCCAAGCGAGACGCAGAAGCCCAUCCUUGGCUCACAGACUAUGAAGAUCUCGCCAGCUCCACUUACGACAAGGGAUAUCACUUUGAGGAAGAAAACCCUGUAAAGGACCAUCCGCGUGCUUUUGAGGAAGGGCUGAAAUGUCUGGAAGAAGGUGACCUUCCUAAUGCUGUCUUAUACUUUGAGGCUGCUGUGCAGCAGAAUCCCAAUCAUAUGGAGGCCUGGCAGUACCUGGGCACCACACAAGCGGAGAAUGAACAGGAGCUUGCAGCAAUCAGUGCCCUCAGACGGUGUCUGGAGCUGCAACCUGGAAACCUCACUGCACUCAUGGCGCUGGCAGUCAGUUUCACCAAUGAAUCACUGCAGAAGCAAGCGUGUGAAACCCUGCGGGACUGGUUGCGCCACAAACCGGACUAUGCUCACUUGGUGGCGAAGGAGCCUGAAGAGGGCAGUCCUGGCCCAGAUCUUGGGCCCUCCAAGCGCGUCUUGGGCUCGCUUUUAACUGACUCACUCUUUGCGGAAGUAAAAGAGCUGUUUUUGGCAGCUGUGCAAAGCAACACCUCUGCUGUGGAUCCUGACGUGCAGUGCGGUUUGGGUGUCCUCUUCAACCUGAGUGGGGAGUAUGAGAAGGCUGUGGACUGUUUCACUGCUGCGUUGAGUGCCCGCCCAAAUGAUCAUCUCCUAUGGAACAAGCUAGGAGCCACCUUGGCCAACGGAAACCGGAGUGAAGAGGCUGUGGCAGCUUACAGGCAGGCACUGGAGCUGCAGCCAGGCUACAUCCGCUCUCGCUACAACCUCGGCAUUAGCUGUAUCAACUUAGGAGCCCACAGAGAAGCGGUGGAGCACUUCCUGGAAGCUUUGCACAUGCAGCAAAAGAGUCGGGGCCCACGAGGCCAGCAGGGGGCGAUGUCAGACAACAUCUGGAGCACUCUGCGAAUGGCGCUUUCCAUGCUGGGCCAGAGUGACCUCUAUGGGGCAGCUGAUGCCCGGGACCUUCCUACCCUUCUACAGGCGUUUGGUAUCCAGCAGUGACUCCUAGAUGGGCUCCCCUGUGAGUGCAGGAUGGGCCCUCCUCAGCAAGACAGACCUCCUUCCCUCUACCACCUAAACACACACACACCCUAGUGAGGGAGCCUCAUUUUUAACACACACACACACACAUAUCCCAAUAGCCCAGGGAACUUUGAUGUUCAUUCAUUUCUGUUUUCCUUAUCACUCUGGGGUAGACCUCGCUUACAUUUUGUGUGGACUCUAAGCAGUGUAGAAUUGCCUUCUUGUAGCCUCUCUCACACCCAGUAGGAACAGUCAGCUGACUCUGCACCUCCUUAGUCUGCUAGGUUCACUGCAAAGGGAUACAGAUACUGUGGGAAACUGCUUACUUUUUCUGCUCACUGGGUGCACCUUUCAAAUGGCAAGCUGUUCCUAUUGCCUUGUGCCUGUGAGAGUAGACACAUAAACAUUCCUGGGAGCCAAAAAGGGAAAUGAGUGUGUGCGAACUGAUAAAUAAUAACUUUCUGGGCAUGAGCUAUACAUAGUAUUCUAUUCUAAGAUUCUGGGCAUGUAUUUGCCUUCAGUGGUGCUGCUAAUAUUAAAGGUACAACACAGAUGAACUGAAAACAUAUCUUUGUGCAGGAGCACAACAUCAACAUGACACUGGUUGUUUCUCCCCACCAUUUCCCCCAGAUGUUGGAAGGAGCAGCUCUCCAGCUGUGUAGUCAAGGAAAAAUGCCUCCAUUCCAUGGGAAUGAAAAUGGGGCCUAGUUAAUGCUCCUCAAAUGUGCAGGGCAGGACCGAUGUCUUAAUUCUCCUUCUGUCAUAUGUUUCUUGUAAAGUAAAAUGAGACUAGUUACCUUUGUGCAUACAAUUACCCCUCUUUUGUGUAAUUGGCUCUUUAAAUAUAUGUAUAUGAUUUUUGUUGAGGAAAUGUUUUUAAAUUGUAAAAAAUAUUUUGUAUAAUAGAUGGUAUAAUAAUUAAACUUGCCAAAUUAACCUGA